UCCACGGGAUCCAGAAACUUAUGCAUUCGGGAUUAAAUAUGAUAAGAAUACGACCGUUGACGAGUUCAAAGAUGCUAUCUUAAUUAAAAAGAAGAAUGCUUUUGCCAACAUUGAUUUUCCUGAUCUCACUUUGUAUCAAGUCGAUAUUGAUCUUAAUACGCAAAACCCCCAACGAACCGCUCUUGGAAAUUGA